UAACCGCUAGGCAUCUUAGAAUAACAUUUAUAGACGAGAGGGUCUUCUAUCUCUGCCGUGAAGGCGUCGACACACCCUAUACGUAUACAAAAGACAAAAUGCUAUAAGAAAUCGUUUCGAAAAGUUUCCAUAUUUUCCUAUUUUUGAACACUUUACUUCAGACGCUCCUAGAGAUCCGGACAAUCAGAUAAUGAGAGACAUUAACGACUGGCGGCAAUUUCACCUCACCUGAGAAAACUAGGCCACAUGCGAACUGGGUCAUGCAAACAGACUAUCAAAUAACACUACGGCUGGUGUGUCUUACCCUUGUGUUGCACUCUGUCAGUUGAGAGGUGAACCACGUGGAGAUUGAGGUCAGGGUGGAGUACAAAGGACAAACAUUGUGCAUUUCGCACACGACACAUUUCGAUUAUGUCUGAGAAGAUUGAGGUCGUUGUGAGGAACAUUCGGCAUGGGGAGGGACCCCACUGGGACGACACCACACAGUGUCUGUACUACCUGGACUGUUUCGUUGAUGACGUCCACAGAUACAACGCCGUCACAGGUGACGACAGCCGACUGAACCUUGGAGACUCAACAGUGAAAUUCAUCAUCCCGCGCCAAAAGGGUGGAUUCGUGGUGAGUCAGAAGACAGACCUCGCCUUCUUGGACUCUUGGGACAGUGGCAAGGUCACCAGCAUUGCCAAGGUCGAGGCCGACUCUAAUAUGCUCAAUGACGGCAAAGUGGAUGCUUCCGGAAGACUUUGGUUCGGGUCUACUUUCUGUGGUAAGGAUAUCCCAGAGGCCGACAAGUGGCCAAAGCAUCAGGGCUCAUUGUACAGUCUGGAUGCUGAUGGGAGCGUCAAAAAACACAUCAGUAACAUCAGCAUCAGCAACGGCAUGGACUGGACUGACGACAACAGCGUCAUGUACUACAUCGACUCCAUACCAAGGCAGGUCUGGGCGUUCGACUUUGACAUCACAGCAGGCACUAUAAGCAAUCAGAGAACUGUAGCAGACUUCAGCUCUACUGAAAUUCCAGAUAUGGGGUAUCCUGAUGGGAUGGCCAUUGACACAGAGGGGAAAUUAUGGGUGGCCUGUUAUGAGGCUGGGAAAGUUAUCCGACUCGAUCCCGAGACUGGAAAGGUGAUACGAGCUGUCAAGUUCCCUUGUGAAAGGAUAACGUCAUGUUGUUUCGGCGGAGUGGACUUCACCGACCUCUACGUCACAUCAUCGCAGUUCAUGAUGACCCCAGCACAACUGGAGAAAACACCAUUGGCUGGGUCAAUCUUCAAGGUCACGGGGCUAGGAGUCCGAGGCUGCAAAGCUAACAUUUUUUCUGGAUAAGCGUUUCUCUGUUCAUUGUGUUCAUUGCAAAGCUCGUCAACCAUUUGUAAAUCUUAUUGCGAUGUUUUUGUUCAGGUGGAAUACUCACAGCAAAUUAAACCCGAUGAAACAUGGA